CCUAUAGUCACUCCUUUACAUCCCUAGUUAAUACCAGCCGUCCGUAUACUUACACUCCUUAGACCAUGUUGUUCAAGUCCAUCGUUCAAGCUGCCCUCGUAGCCUCGGCCAUUGCUGCUCCUUUGCAAGAGCACAAGCAUCACCAACACAAGCAAGAGAAGAGAGAAGUCAAGGUCGUCACCCAGACUUCCGUUGUUGUCGUCACCUUGGGUGCCGGUGACUUGACCACUACCUUGCCUCAAGUUACCAUCAACCCUGCCACUGGUGUCUCUGUCAACACUGACUACACUCCAAUUCCUCAAGAACACCCAGCCUCGUUCUCUAACCCUGAAUCCUUUGAAUCCGCCACUCCAGCCUCGACUUCCCCAGCUUCCACCAGCACUGCCUCCACUGGCGGUGACUUUGGUGCUGGUGCCAAGGGUAUCACUUACACUCCUUACUCUAAUGACGGUGGUUGUAAGCCUGCCUCUCAGAUUGCCUCUGAAGUUGCUCAAUUAUCUGGUUACUCCGUCAUUAGAUUGUACGGUGUCGACUGUGACCAGGUCAACGCUGUCUUAAGUGCUAAGGCCCCAAGCCAAAAGAUCUUUGCUGGUAUCUAUGACGUUUCCAACAUCGCUAGUGGUAUUCAAACCUUGGUUUCUGCCGUCAACGCUAACGGUGGCUGGGACAAUGUCCACACCGUCUCUAUUGGUAACGAAUUGGUCAACUCUGGCCAAGCCUCUCCUGCUCAAAUCAAGGGAUACGUCUCUCAAGGUAAGAGCUUGUUGUCUGCUGCCGGUUACUCCGGUCCUGUUGUUUCUGUCGACACCUUCAUUGCCGUCAUCAACAACCCAGAAUUGUGUCAAUACUCCGACUACAUGGCUGUCAACGCCCACGCCUUCUUUGACGGUUACUACACCGCUGACCAAGCUGGUGACUGGGUUCUUUUGCAGAUCCAAAGAGUGUGGAGCGCCUGUGGUGGUAAGCAGAAUGUUUUCGUCACCGAAACCGGCUGGCCAUCCAAGGGUGACACCAACGGUGUUGCCGUCCCUUCAAAGCCAAACCAAGAAGCUGCCAUCAGCUCCAUCAAGUCUAAGUGUGGUGAUUCCUCCAUUCUUUUCACUGCCUUCAACGACUUGUGGAAGGCUGACGGUGCUUUCAAUGCUGAAAAGUACUGGGGUAUCUUGUCUAACUAAAUGCCCUAACUGGUUUUCAUUCAUUGGUUUCUAUUGGUUAAAAAGCAUAUAAAAAGUUGGGAUCGUUGCUCUCUCUUAGUCUUUACCCUUUCUUUCACUUCGUAUUUUCAUCUUUCAUACGUAUUAUCAUCUCCAAUGUCCUUCGUUUUUAUAUUAUUCCACCAUCAUAUGAUCAACUACAUUCAUUUACUGACUACAAGGACAGCUGUUUAACUAUUGUUUACCAUUUGAAAAAAAAGUCGACUUCAGGUCAACGCUUGUUGUCUUCUUGGGCUUCGGCUCAAGUUUUUUUUUUGAUACCUAUAUAAUGUAGUAUAAUUUGAAUGUAUACUACAUUGCUG